AUGACCGAAGAAUCGACUAUGGACAUUACUGAUCGGUCAGCAAGUAUUCCAAACAUGGUUUCAGAACAGUCUGAAAGAUCAGCGUAUCAACAUUUGAUAGAUCAACUGGAAACAUUACAAACCUUGCCAACAACAACCGCCACAUUGAAGAAAGAAAUGUGGUCACAAUUCUUAACUCUUUGGUGUGAAAUUCUUGAGAUUUCUCCAUCUGAUGCUCAAUUAUGUUACGAAAAAUGUGCUUCUAUUCUACCUCGUCUAUUCAAAACGGCUAAUUUUUAUUUCAUACGAAAAGAUUUGAAUAUUGCUCGAAAGAGCCUGUUUGCAUGUAUUUCUCAACUCAAUCAUCCAAAUAUGAGAUAUUUUCUUCAAUUAACAACUGAACAACAAAAUUUACCUGAGAAUAAGAUUUAUCAUCAACAUGUUUACUAUCUUUUACUUAUUUCUGCACAAACAAUUUCAUUUUUGCCAUUUGCAACGAUUGAAGAUCAACAAUUUAUUGAAAAUCAUGCAGAACUUUAUAGUCUUUUAAUUGAACAUAUCGAACAAAGUAUGCCCGAACAUUGUCAAACAAUCAUAGAAAAAAAUUAUGACUUAGGUACCAUUAAUAUACGUUAUCUUAGUUUACUUUGGAAUACAGCCGAUCGAACUGUACUUGUUCCGAUAUUGUUGAAAUAUGAUCUUGCUAGAAAAGUUAUAGGUUGGCUUGCUCAAUCAACUAAAUUGACAGACUCUGGUCGUCGACCUCUAAUUAGUAUUGUUCAUAAUAUUGCUCGACAUGAUGAUGGAGCCGAUGAGCUUAACAAAUAUGGAGCGAUCGAUAAAAUCAAAGAAUAUA